AUGUCCACGUCCACGUCCACGACCACGUCCACGUCCACGUCCCCCGCCCCAUUCUCACUCUUUCCAUCACCCCACCCCAUUCUCCCUCCGUCCAUCACCCCGCCCCAUUCGCCUGAUUUCCAUCGCCCCGCCCAAUUCUCCCGUUUUCCAUCACCCCGCCCCAUUCUCCCACUAUCCAUCACCCCGCCUCAUUAUCCCGCUUUCCAUCACCCUGCCCCAUUCUCUUGCUUUCCAUCACCCCGCCCCAUUCUCCCGCUUUCCAUCACCCCGCCCCACUCUCCCGCUUUCCAUCAUCCCACCCAAUUCUCCCUCCUUCCAUCGCCCCGCCCCUUUCUCCCGCUUUCCAUCGCCCCGCCCCAUUCUCCCGCUUUCCAUCACCCGGCCCCAUUCUCCCGCUUUCCAUCACCCCGCCCCAUUCUCCCACUUUCCAUCACCCCGCCCCAUUCUCCCAAUCUCCAUCACCCCGCCCCAUUCUCCCUCCUUCCAUCACCCCGCCCCAUUCUCCCUCCUUCCAUCACCCCGCCCAAUUCUCCCGCUUUCCAUCACUCCGCCCCAUUUUCCCGCUUUCCACCACCCCCCCCCUUUCUCCCUCCUUUCAUAACCCCGCCCCAUUCUCCCGCUUUCCAUCACCCUGCCUCAUUCUCCCGCUUUCCCUCACCCCGCCACAGUCUCCUGCUUUCCAUAGCCCCGCCCCAUUCUCCCGCUUUCCAUCACCCCGCCCCUUUCUCCCGCUUUCCAUCACUACGCCCCAUUCUCCCUCCUUCCAUCAUCCCGCCCCAUUCUCCCGCUUUCCAUCACCCCGCCCCAUUCUCCCGUUUUCCAUCACCCCGCCCCAUUCUCCCACUUUCUAUCACCCCGCCCCAUUCUCCCGCUUUCCAUCACCCCGCCCCAUUCUUCCGCUUUCCAUCACCCCACCCCAUUCUCCUGCUUUCCAUCACCCCGCCCCAUUCUCCCUCCUUCCAUCACCCCGCCCCAUUCUCCCUCCUUCCAUCACCCCGCCCCAUUCUCCCGCUUUCCAUCACCCCGCCCCAUUCUCCCUCCUUCCAUAACCCCACCCCAUUCUCCCUCCUUCCAUCACCCCGCCCCAUUCUCUCGCUUUCCAUCACCCCGCCCCAUUCUCCCGCUUUCCAUCACCUCGCCCCAUUCUCCCUCCUUCCAUCACCUCGCCCCAUUCUCCCCCCUUCCAUAACCCGCCCCAUUCUCCCACUUUCCAUCACCCCGCCCCAUUCUCCCGCUUUCCAUCACCCCGCCCCAUUCUCCCGCUUUCCCUCACCCCGCCCCAGUCUCCCGCUUUCCAUAGCCCCGCCCCAUUCUCCCCAUCACCGCACCCCAUUCUCCUGCUUUCCAUCACCCCGCCCCAUUCUCCCGCUUUCCAUCACCCCGUCCCAUUCUCCCGCUUUCCAUCACCCCGCCCCAUUCUCCCGCUUUCCAUCACUCCGCCCCAUUCUCCCGCUUUCCAUCACCCCGCCUCAUUCUCCCGCUUUCCAUCACCCCGCCACAUUCUCCCGCUUUCCAUCACCCCGCCCCAUUCUCCCUCCUUCCAUCACCCCACCCUAUUUUCCCUCCUUCCAUCACCCCGCCCCAUUCUCCCGCUUUCCAUCACCCCCCCUCAUCCUCCCGCUUUCCAUCACCCCGCCCCAUUCCCCCGCUUUCCAUCACCCCGCCCCAUUCUCCCACUUUCCAUCACCCCGCCCCAUUCUUCCGCUUUCCAUCACCCCGUCCCAUUCUCCCGCUUUCCAUCACCACGCCCCAUCCUCCCGCUUUCCAUCACCCCGCCCCAUUCUCCCGCUAUCCAUCACCCCGCCCCAUUCUCCCGCUUUCCAUCACCCCACCUCAUUCUCCCUCCUUCCAUCACCCCGCCCCAUUCUCCCUCCUUCCAUCACCCCUCCCCAUUCUCCCGCUUUCCAUCACCCCCCUCAUUCUCCCUCCUUCCAUCACCCCUCCCCAUUCUCCCGCUUUCCAUCACCCCGUCCCAUUCUCCCGCUCUCCAUCACCCCUCCCCAUUCUCCCUCCUUCCAUCACCCCGUCCCAUUCUCCCUCCUUCCAUCAACCCGCCCCAUUCUCCCUCCUUUGAUCACCCCGCCUCAUUCUCGCGCGUUCCAUCACCCCGGGAUGGAAUAUGGGAGAAGGGGAUGGAAUCUGGGUGAAGGGAAUGGAAUAUGGGAGAAGGGGAUGGAAUCUGGGAGAAGGGGAUGGAAUCUGGGAGAAGGGGAUGGAAUCAGGGAGAAGGGGAUGGAGUCCGGGAGAAGGGGAUGGAAUCUGGGAGAAGGGGGUGGAAUCAAGGAGAAGGGGAUGGAAUCCGGGAGAAGGGGAUGGAAUCUGGGAGAAGGGGGUGGAAUCAAGGAGAAGGGGAUGGAAUCCGGGAGAAGGGGAUGGAAUCUGGGAGAAGGGGAUGGAAUCUGGGAGAAGGGGAUGAAAUCAGGGAGAAGGGGAUGGAAUCUGGGAGAAGGGGAUGGAAUCUGGGAGAAGGGGAUGGAAUCAGGGAGAAGGGGAUGGAAUCUGGGAGAAGGGGAUGGAAUCUGGGAGAAGGGGGUGGAAUCUGGAGAAGGGGAUGGAAUCUGGGAGAAGGUGAUAGAAUCUGGGAGAAGGGGAUGGAAUCUGGGAGAAGGGGAUGGGAUCAGGGAGAAGGGGAUGGAAUCGGGGAGAAGGGGAUGGAAUCUGGGAGAAGGGGAUGGAAUCUGGGAGAAGGGGAUUGAAUCUGGGAGAAGGGGAUGGAAUCUGGGAGAAGGGGAUGGAAUCUGGGAAAAGGGGAUGGAAUCAGGGAGAAGGGGAUGGAAUCUGGGAGAAGGGGAUGGAAUCUGGGAGAAGGGGGUGGAAUCUGGGAGAAGGGGAUGGAAUCUGGGAGAAGGGGAUAGAAUCUGGGAGAAGGGGAUGGAAUCUGGGGGAUGGAAUCUGGGAGAAGGGGAUGGAAUCAGAGAGAAGGGGAUGGAGUCCGGGAGAAGGAAAUGGAAUCUGGGAGAAGGGGGUGGAAUCAGGGAGACGGGGAUGGAAUCCGGGAGAAGGGGAUGGAAUCUGGGAGAAGGGGAUGGAAUCCGGGAGAAGGGGAUGGAAUCUGGGAGAAGGGGAUGGAAUCUGGGAGAAGGGGAUGGAAUCUGGGAAAGGGGGAUGGAAUCAGGGAGAAGGGGAUGGAAUCUGGGAGAAGGGGAUGGAAUCUGGGAGAAGGGGGUGGAAUCUGGGAGAAGGGGAUGGAAUCUGGGAGAAGGGGAUGGAAUCAGGGAGAAGGGGAUGGAAUUUGGGAGAAGGGGAUGGAAUCUGGGAGAAGGGGAUGGAAUCUCGGAGAAGGGGAUAGAAUCUGGGAGAAGGGGAUGGAAUCUAGGAGAAGGGGAUGCAAUUAGGGAGAAGGGGAUGGAAUUUAGGGGAAGGGGAUGGAAUCUGGAAGAAGGGGAUGGAAUAUGGGAGAUGGGGAUGGAAUCUGGAAGAAGGGGAUGGAAUCUAGGAGAAGGGGAUGGAAUGAGGGAGAAGGGGAUGGAAUCUGGGAGAAGGGGAUGGAAUCUGGGUGAAGGGGAUGGAAUCUGGGAGAAGGGGAUGGAAUCUGGGAGAAGGGGGUGGAAUCUGGGAGAAGGGGAUGGAAUCUGGGAGAAGGGGAUGGAAUCUGGCAGAAGGGGAUGGAAUCUGGGAGAAGGGGAUGGAAUAUGGGAGAAGGGGAUGGAAUCUGGGAGAAGGGGAUGGAAUCUGGGAGAAGGGGAUGGAAUCUGGGAGAAGGGGAUGGAAUCUGGGAGAAGGGGAUGGAAUUGGGGAGAAGGGGAUGGAAUCGGGGAAAAGGGGAUGGAAUCUGGGAGAAGGGGAUGGAAUCUGGUAGAAGGUGAUGGAAUCAGGGAGAUGGGGAUGGAAUCUAGGGGAAAGGGAUGGAAUCUGGGAGAAGGGGAUGGAAUCUGGGAGAAGGGGAUGGAAUCUGGGAGAAGGGGAUGGAAUCUGGGAGAAGGGGAUGGAUUCUGGGAGAAGGGGAUGGAAUCUGGGAGAAGGGGAUGGAAUCUAGGAGAAGGGGAUGGAAUCUGGGAGAAGGGGAUGGAAUCUGGAGAAGGGGAUGGAAUCUGGGAGAAGGGGAUGGAAUCUAGGAGAAGGGGAUGGAAUCUGGGAGAAGGGGAUGGAAUCUGGGAGAAGGGGAUGGAAUCUGGGAGAAGGGGAUGGAAUCUGGGAGAAGGGGAUGGAAUCUGGGAGAAGGGGAUGGAAUCUGGGAGAAGGGGAUGGAAUGAGGGAGAAGGGGAUGGAAUCUGGGAGAAGGGGAUGGAAUCUGGGAGAAGGGGAUGGAAUCUAAGAGAAGGGGAUGGAAUAUGGGAGAAGGGAUGGAAUCUAGGAGAAGGGGAAUGGGAGAAGAAGGGAUGGAAUCUGGGAGAAGGGGAUGGAAUCUGGGAGAAGGGGAUGGAAUCUGAGAGAAGGGGAUGGAAUCUGGGAGAAGGGGAUGGAAUCUGGGAGAAGGGGAUGGAAUCUGGGAGAAGGGGAUGGAAUCUGGGAGAAGGGGAUGGAAUCUGGGAGAAGGGGAUGGAAUCUUGGAGAAGGGGAUGGAAUGAGGGAGAAGGGGAUGGAAUCUGGGAGAAGGGGAUGGAAUCAGGGAGAAGGGGAUGGAAUCAAGAAGAAGGGGAUGGAAUUUGGGAGAAGGGGAUGGAAUCUGGGAGAAGGGGAUGGAAUCUGGGAGAAGGGGAUGGGAUCUGGGAGAAGGGGAUGGAAUCUGGGAGAAGGGGAUGGAAUCUGGGAGAAGGGGAUGGAAUCGGGGAGAAGGGGAUGGAAUCUGGGAGAAGGGGAUGGAAUGAGGGACAAAGGAAUGGAAUCUGGGAAAAGGGGAUGGAACUUGGGAGAAGGGGAUGGAAUCUGGAGAAGGGGAUGGAAUUUGGGAGAAGGGGAUGGAAUCUGGGAGAAGGGGAUGGAAUCUGGGAGAAGGGGAUGGGAUCUGGGAGAAGGGGAUGGAAUCUGGGAGAAGGGGAUGGAAUAUGGGAGAAGGGGAUGGAAUCGGGGAGAAGGAGAUGGAAUCUGGGAGAAGGGGAUGGAAUCGGGGAGAAGGGGAUGGAAUCGGGGAGAGGGAGAAGGGGAUGGAAUCUGGGAGAAGGGGAUGGAAUCUGGGAGAAGGGGAUGGAAUCUGGGAGAAGGGGAUGGAAUCUGGGAGAAGGGGAUGGAAUCUGGGAGAAGGUGAUGGAAUCUGGGAGAAGGGGAUGGAAUCUGGGAGAAGGGGAUGGAAUCUGGGAGAAGGGGAUGGAAUUUGGGAGAAGGGGAUGGAAUUUGGGAGAAGGGGAUGGAAUCUGGGAGAAGGGGAUGGAAUCUUGGGGAAGGGGAUGGAAUCUGGGAGAAGGGGAUGGAAUCUGGGAGAAGGGGAUGGAAUGA